GUAUUGAUUGAGAGCAAGAAUGACAACAAUCCGCAGAUUGUGUUAAAAGUCACUGUUUUUAAACAUUAAAUUCAUUUCAUUAUGAAAUUCAUUGCAAUUUAAUUACUGAGUGAUUGAUAUGAAGACAAUGUGCUGAAGAGGAUGGCAUCGGAAGACUAUCACAUCUCUGGUGUGGCGGCCAUUAUCUGUAUAGCCAUCGGAAUACUGAUCUUUGUAUUGCUAUUUAUUUUCGCCAAAAGACAAAUCAUGAGAUUAUCGCUGAAGAAUCGAUUUGUUCCACACAUUCCUCUGGCAAGAGAUGCGCCCAAAGUUCUCAAACAACGAAUCGAUAGUAAGCUAACUGUUGUCCGAGACAUCACUUACGAACCAAAUCUCUUGAAUUAUCUUCACUUCGAGUCCAAUGAAUCAAAGGAGAAGAAUUACGAACACAUUUAUCGCAUGAAAGCCAUCGACUCUUUGGCAACACUGGAGGCGGACAUCGUUGAAGUGACCGCCGAUUGUAGUCUUAAGAGACCUCCGGGUCAGGACUUGCGAUACUAUUUGCUAAGACUAGUCAAAGACGACGGCCCUCUCAAUAAUUGUGAUACAAAACUAAUCAAUCAAUUCGUCGACAGUUAUAACAGUGCACGACAUGAACCGUACCCUCACUUCGGUUUAGACCAAUACAACCAAUUCAUGACAUUAUUGAAUACAAUUCGCAAUUGUAUCACAACUAAGACUUCUCCGAAUCGCAAGUGUGUCCAAAAAGGCAAAGACACGACCGCACAGAUGGCCUUCAACGGUAAGACUCAGGUCUCGAUUCGACAAAAUAAAGUGGAUUUUGUGGUUACAGACGAGACGUCCGUUUGA